AUACUUUAUACAUAUAAACAUUGUGAAAAAAUUAAAAUCAUUCAAUUCUUUUUUUUUUCUUUUUACAAGAUAUAGGAGUUCGUACUAUGAUUUUGCGUUUGGCAACGAACAGAUCGUGUUUGUCAUUCAUUAAGCGCACAAUGAGCAAUUCGAAAGCUUUAGUGAUUGGAAUCAAUGUGAAGCAGUCUAAGCAAGAUGAUAAGAGGAAGGAUAUUGAAUUAUCGUCAUAUGCGAAGGAAUUAAAUGAGAAGUCAAAAGGAGCACUCUUAAAAGCCAUUAAUACUUCAUUUUGCGAUAAAUUGUCUUCAGGAAAAGCUAGAUUGUUGUUUGAUGCCAACGUUGAAGAUUAUUGCGCAAUUGCCGUUACAGCUUUAGACACAACAAAGUGGGAUAAUCUCGAUGGAAUUAAUGCAGAUCAUGAAGCCGUUCGGAUCGCAGCAUCAAGCGGAGUGAAAGCAUUACAGUCACUUAAACUCAAUGAUAUUUACGUUGAUGAUCUUGGUUGUUCUAAAGCAGCCGCUGAAGGAAGUAUCUUGGGAAGUUUUAAGUUUCAACCAUACAAGACAAAAAAGUCUGAUAUUCCAACAAUUCAUGCUGUAAAGGAAAGUGAUGAGUGGAAGAAAGGUGCCAUUCUAGCAAAUGCUCAAAAUUUCUGUAAAGUCUUGAUGGAUACGCCCGCCAAUUUAAUGACACCGACAUUGUUCUGUGAAAUGGUGAAAGAAAAAUUUAAUGGUUUAGCGAACGUUGACAUUCAGAUUCAUGAUGCUGAGUGGGCGAAGAAAGAAAAGAUGAAUUUAUAUUUGUCAGUGACUAGUGGAUCGUCAGAACCACCUAAAUUCUUGGAAAUCACAUACACAGGAGAUUCAUCAUCACCACAAGAUUUAGCAGCAAUUGUGGGUAAAGGAAUUACAUUCGAUUCUGGUGGAAUUAGCUUAAAACCACCAUCAAAGAUGGAUCAAAUGAGAGGCGACAUGGGAGGAGCUGCAAAUGUUGUCAGUACUUUAUGGGCUAUUGCAUCAUUAAAGGUUCCAAUUAAUGUUAAAGCUUUCACGCCAUUAUGCGAAAAUAUGCCAGGAAAUUAUGCCACAAAACCCGGCGAUGUAUUUUACGGACGAAAUGGAAAGAGUGUUUGUAUCGAUAAUACAGAUGCAGAAGGACGAUUAAUUCUAGCCGAUGCUUUGAGCUACGCUUCUGAUUUCAAGCCUCGCUUUAUCGUAGAUGUUGCAACGUUGACAGGCGCGGUGCGAGUUGCUCUUGGAGAUUGUGUGACAGCAAUCUUUUCAAAUUCCGAUCCAUUGUGGGAGUCUAUUGAGUCAGCAGGCAAAGAAACUGGUGAUCGAGUUUGGAGACUGCCUUUAUAUUCACACUAUACUAAUCAAUUGACAGAACAUGAUGCUUACGAUUUGAAUAAUCUUGGUAAAGGAAAAGGCGCUGGAUCAUGCGUAGCAGCUGCUUUCUUGAGAGAAUUUGUUCCCAAAAAUAUGCCUUGGAUGCAUGCCGAUAUUGCUGGUGUUAUGUGCGAGACAUCUGAUCAAAGUUAUGUUGGAACUGGCUCAGCAAUGACUGGACGUCCAGUUAGAACACUCAUAGAAUUUUUAAUCCGUGAAUCAAAGAAGUAAAAUCUAUUUCGAGCAUUUUAAUCUGUAAAAAGUUAUAAAGUAUGUGUCCAAAACGGUUUUAAUCUUUUCUUUUUGCCAGUCCAAAGAUUGUUUGUGUCUCCAAUUAUUAGAUAAGUCAAAGCAUUGUCGAUUGAGCAAUAAAAGCAAGUUCAUUCUUUUGUAAUACAAUAAAAUAAAAUCAAAAUCGUUUAAUCAAUACAUUACAAGCCAGCUGA